UGUUCCGCAACCAUUCAUAUAAAAACUUCCCACAAAACCCUAGAAAAACCUUAACCCUAGAUCUAUCUGCUUCAUCAAUAUAUUUUUUGGUUCUUUAGAAUCAAUGAAAUCAAUGAAUAUAUUCUCAGACGUUGAAGACAGAAUAAGCAGUUUAACAGAUGAUCUUCUCCACCACAUUCUCUCCUUCCUUCCCACUCUCAACUCUGUGCGCACCAGUGCCUUAUCACAGAGAUGGAGACACCUCUGGAAAUCUGUUCAAACUCUGCAUUUUGAUAAUCUCGAUUGGUGGAACUGUGAAGGCAGUUUAGCAGAUCAAAUACUCUGCAAAAACUCGAAAAUUAUCUCAAAAUUGCACUUCCAUUGCACUCGAAUUGAACAAGACUUGUUCCGCAUUGUUCCAUUACUCGGCCGUAAAAUUCGCGAGUUGGAUAUUGAUCUCCCUAUUUGCCUUCCUGAAGAUCUAAUCGAGAGCUUUCGAUACUGUGAAAUUCUUCAAGUUUUGAAGAUUCGAUGCAAUUUCAAGAUCUAUACUAAGAAUUGGACUGGUUUCCGAUCCCUCAGGGUCCUCCAUAUUUCGAUUUCGAAUCCUUGUAAUGUGUCGAUGCAAACACUCUCUCGAAGUUGCUCUGUACUCGAAGAGUUGGUGUUGGUGCUAGUGUUUGAUCUAAAUGGAUCGCAUGGUUUGUGGAAUAAGAGUUUUGAGAUUUUUGUACCGACUCUAAAGAGGUUAAGUAUGCGGAUUCGACAUGGUAAGAAUUGCAAAUUCGAUGUUACGGUCCCAGCUCUUGAGUGUCUUGAUAUAAAAGAUAGUGAAUUUUCACAGUACAAAUUUAGAGACAUGCCGUGUUUAAAGAAAGCGAAACUCGAUGUUGUUGUGAGUAACUUUGGCGAAGCUAAAAACUGCGCAAUGCAGCUUCUUUGUGCGGUGGCUAGUACCAGUUCUCUAUCUUUAUCUGCCACUACUAUGUGUAUUCUCAACUCUGCACAUGGUGUUCUCAAUUCACUGUAUAUUAGCAACUCUGCUUGCGGUAUGAAUCUGCCUUCAUUCCCUAACCUGACCCGUUUCGAACUACAAGUUUUCCAUGGAUUUAGUUGGAAUUUGGUGAUUGAAUUCCUCGAGAACUCACCUAAGCUAGAGAUUUUGAUAUUGAGAAAGGAAGCGAAACAGUGUUGGCAUUGUUUGGAAACACCAUGUUGGACUCCUAAAAAGUGUGCACCUAGUUGCUUGUUAUUGAAUAUCAAUGUUAUUGAGAUUGUGGGAUUCAAGGGAGGACAGGAAGAGUUGGAACUACUUGAAUAUUUGUUGAAGAAUGCAAAGAUGCUGGAUAAAUUGACAAUUGAUUCCAUAAAUUUAGAUCCAAAUGAUGCAAUUUGCAAGAACUUGUUUCUAUUUAGAAAACCUGAGGUUUGACUCUCGGCACGAUUCAUAGAUUUAGGAAGUGGCCUUUAAAUCUUGAGUUUACACGCUAGAUCGAGUUCUCGAUUAUUUUUUAAAAACAUUAAAAAUUUAAUUAAUUUCCAAUGAAG